AUGCACGCGAAGAUUAACUUCACUUACGAGUUGGAAAAUGAGAGGACAUUGCCAUUUCUGGACGUGAAGAUUUUAGUUCGUGCUGACGGCUCUCUGGGACACUCGGUUUACAGGAAAUCGACUCACACUGACCGAUAUUUACAAGCUGAUUCUCACCAUCAUCCCAGACAACUAAACUCUGUAGUCACCUCACUCACCAACCGCGCAUAUGAUUUAUGCGACGAGGAACAUCUACAGGAGGAGCUGACACAUGUGAUGAAGGUGCUGCGGAGUAACGGAUAUAGGAUUGCAAAGCACAAGAAGAAACCCACUAAUAGACAUCGGAGGUGCGAGGUUGAGAGGCAACCAGCAUUUAUGCCAUAUGUGAAGGGAGUGACAGAUAAGGUUGCAAACAUUCUCCACAAAUACGCCAUUAAGACUGUCUUCACUCCUUUCCGGAAAGUUUCCCAGAUGCUGCGCUCGCCGAAGGAUAGCUUCCCUCUAGAAAGACCUGGUGUCUAUAAAGUGGACUGUAGUUGUGGCAAAUCAUAUAUCGGUCAGACUAAGCGUACUGUGGCUUGUAGAAUUUCUGAGCAUAUCAGAGCGGUGAAAAACAACGACGCACAAAAAUCCGCUAUAGCUCAACACAUCCUGGAGGCGGGAUCAAACCACUGGAUUGAACCCUGGGACUCUUGCUUAGCAAUCGCUGUCUAUAAUCACUUGGCCAACAUAACAGUCAACAAAGCACUUAAAUCUAAUCAGUAA